GUUGUGGUACCGCAAUCAAUGCCAUACGUUCUCCCGCCUUCUAUGGGCGUGCGUUCUACGGCCGUGGGAACCGCUGCAAUGCCCAUGGGCAUGGGAUCCAUGGGCAUAGGAUCCAUGGGCAUGAACACAAUGGGACAGCAAUUGGGUGGUGUCAUGAUACCCACCGGUGGCAAUGUCGCCCAAAACCCUCCUCCAGUGGUCCUGACCGACGGCAGCGGACAAAACAAAGUGGUGGGCAGCGCAAACCCGCUUACCGGUGUGAUUGCAGUCGACGCGGACAAACUUAAAGAGGGCCUUGGAGCAGCUACAGCUGAGGAUCCACCAGCGCCACCACCAGCUGAAUAGGAGCCUGCUGAGCGAAGUACCCAAUCUGCCUGAUUACCCUUCUUCUGCGACUUCGACUGCAGUGGCGCCAAGG